UUACAAAUUGAGGACUAUGGGUAACCUUUUCUCAGAUAUCUGCAAGCCUGGAGAGGAGAAAUACAGAUGUGCAUCAAGUCAACCAGAGGAGAAAUUGGAUCAAAAUGAGUCGGACAUCUGUGAAAAGACAAAGAGCUUGAGCGUGAUAACCAAAGACGAAGGUUUUACAGAGGCAAAUUUCAUAGGACUCCUCGACCAGUACUGUGCCAAAACAGACCUCAUCCAUAACUACAUCUUAGAAAACAAGUGCAGUUCAUCUCAUAACCCUCAGUUUUUCUACAAACUAGUGAUCGACAAUAAGGAGUACCCUGUGGGUGAGGGUAAGAGUGCCAUGGAAGCCAAACAAAAUGCAGCUCAGCUGGCCUCGUCUGCUCUUCAAGAACAGACAGACUGGGACAGCAAGGAUGCAGUGGUUCCUAAAGAAGGGAACACAGGAAACCGUCCCAGCGAGAAGACAUCAACCCAAUCAGAAAGUUCGAGGUUUAAAUCAGAUUUUGACUGCGAAGUUGUCCUCGGCAAAGGAGCCUUUGGUCAAGUUCACAAGGCAAAACAUAAACUGACGAAGAAGGAUUAUGCUGUAAAGAUUGUCCGCUUUAAAGAGGUUGAAAAAGCUCUACGAGAGGUGAGAGCAUUAUCAGACCUCAAUCACUGCAACAUUGUUCGUUACUAUACAUGUUGGUUGGAGGAUUCUGGACACCAAUGGGACAAUGCAUGUUGGUUGGAUGAUUCAGGAUACCAAAGGGACAAUGCUGAUGACAGUAGCAGCCCUUCAAACUCCUCCAUGGAUUAUUCAUGCAGGUAUAUUUUUGCUCUGGGGUUGAUAUUCUUCGAGGUCCUUUGGAAAAUUCCCACUGGUCAUGAAAGGGUAGUGGUUUGGCCUGAUAUCAGAAAACAGAGAUUUCCCCAAGGGUUUCGACACAGUUUUCCCGAUGAGUAUUUCAUAAUACGAUCAACGCUGUGUGUGAAGCCAGAAGAACGACCCGAAGCAAGUAAGCUUAAGACAAACUUGGAAAGACUCAAAACUGAAGAAAUCAUGCGUAGAAGCAUGAGCAGUGUCUGAUCCUCAGAAGAAGAAAAAAUCAUGGCUAUCUGUUUUAUAUCCUAACCCAUACCUGUUAAAAAAAAGAUGGAUCUGUUUUUAAUAUCUGAAAAGGAUCUCCAGGGUAUGUUAAAUAUAUAAACAAGCUGAGUUGUAAAGCAAAUUGCUAACUUUGAAAGUCUUGUAGUGGGAACCCAGCUUUAAAUCCAGGAUUUUAAGAUUACACCUGGAAGUGAUUUUAGAGAAAAAGGAUGAGCAAAAAAAAAAAAAACAUUGACAGUGUUUCUAUUUGAAAACAUUGUUGCUGAAAAAAUCAUGAAUGUUUUUGGCAAUGAAAUAAAUGUUAUAUCCCACUGUGAAUGUUUAUCUUGAUCUCAGAAUUGAGUUUGUUUUUAAAAUAAGCCAGACAUUGCUGUCUGAACCAAGUAAAUGUUUACAGAUUUCUUUUUACUGGCAUCAACAAUGGUUUGUCUAGUUUAAUACUUUAUGUAUGGACACUGCCAUUUGCUUUGUUUUUUUUAAAUUAGUUUUUUUAUCUUGCCUUAAUGCAGUGAAAGUAAUACAUUGUAAGACUGUGUGCUUGGCACCUUUGGGUGAUGAAAUAAAAGCAAGCAUGCGGAUUUACAUCUGUUAAAUCCGAACAUGUGCAAGUUUUUCCA